AUGUCUGACCUACAAGUACAAGGACGGAAGGUCUUCAAGGUUUUCAACCAGGACUUUAUCGUGGAUGACCGCUACACUGUGACCAAGGAACUGGGCCAAGGUGCUUAUGGUAUCGUUUGUGCUGCUACCAAUGGACAGUCUGGUGAGGGCGUUGCCAUCAAGAAGGUCACCAAUGUCUUCAGCAAGAAAAUCUUGGCUAAGCGCGCCUUGAGAGAAAUCAAGCUGCUUCAGCACUUCAGAGGCCAUCGCAAUAUCACAUGCCUCUUUGAUAUGGAUAUUCCUCGACCUGACAACUUCAAUGAGACAUAUCUGUAUGAAGAACUUAUGGAAUGUGAUCUCGCUGCCAUUAUCCGCUCCGGACAACCGUUGACCGACGCCCACUACCAGUCCUUCAUUUACCAGAUUCUAUGCGGUCUCAAGUAUAUCCACUCCGCCAAUGUCCUCCACAGAGAUUUGAAACCGGGUAACUUGCUGGUCAAUGCGGAUUGUGAGCUGAAGAUCUGCGAUUUUGGCUUGGCCCGUGGAUUCUCGAUUGAUCCCGAGGAGAACGCAGGCUACAUGACUGAAUAUGUUGCGACAAGAUGGUACCGCGCUCCGGAAAUCAUGUUAAGUUUCCAGAGUUAUACGAAAGCUAUCGAUGUCUGGUCGGUGGGUUGUAUUCUGGCCGAGCUCCUUGGUGGCCGUCCUUUUUUCAAGGGUCGCGACUAUGUCGACCAGCUCAACCAGAUUCUACACUACCUGGGUACUCCAAAUGAAGAAACCCUGAGCCGAAUUGGCUCACCGCGGGCCCAGGAGUAUGUGCGCAACUUGCCCUUCAUGCCCAAGAUUCCUUUCCAGCGUCUUUUCCCAAAUGCCAAUCCCGAUGCCCUUGACCUUCUCGACCGCAUGCUUGCUUUCGACCCCUCGGCACGUAUCUCUGUCGAAGAGGCCUUGGAACACCCUUACCUCGCGAUUUGGCACGAUGCUUCGGAUGAACCCUCGUGCCCCACCACCUUUGAUUUCCACUUUGAAGUUGUCGACGACGUGCAGGAGAUGCGCCGCAUGAUCUAUGAGGAAGUUGUUCGUUUUCGCCAACAAGUGCGUCAACCAGCACACGCACAGAGCCUGGCCCAGCAGCAGCAGAUAGCGCAGCAGACCAAUGUCCCAAUUCCCGAGCACCAGCAGGGAGUGUGGCGACAGGAAGAGCCUAGGCCUCAAGAAGCACACGCCGCGGGCGGCACCAUUAACGAUCUGGAAUCGUCGUUGCAGCGGGGGAUGGAUGCCUAG